UACAUUGAAACCGUCUGCGUAACUCAGUGUAUAUAACGAAAAACAUUGUGUAACAUGGAGCCGUCGCUAAUAUCUGAAGUAAUUCGUUGCGCAAAUUUUGCUGCUGUCAAACAUAAAGAUCAACGAAGAAAAGAUCAGGAAGAAACACCGUAUAUCAACCACCCAAUAGGUGUUGCAUAUAUUUUGACAGAAGAAGCUGGUGUAACAGAUUUACAUGUAAUACAGGGUGCUCUAUUGCACGAUACAGUAGAGGACACGGACACAUCAUUCCAGGAAAUAGAGCAAGAGUUUGGACCAGAGGUUGCAGGAAUAGUGCGAGAGGUGACUGACGACAAGGACCUCCCUAAGCAUGCUCGGAAAGCUGCCCAGAUUGAGCAUGCUCCUCAUUCCAGCAAGAAGGCCAAACUUGUGAAGCUUGCGGACAAACUGUAUAACCUCCGAGACCUCAAUCGACAGGGCCCAGUGGGCUGGAGUGCAGAAAGAGUGACCGAGUAUUUCGAGUGGUCGGCCAAGGUUGUGAAUGGUUUACGGGGGACGAGUAAGCCUCUGGAAGACAAAUUAGAUGAACUGUUUCGAGAACGAAAUAUAUCAACAUAGUGUUAUGCAGACAAUGCCGUGAAACGCUGUAUUAUAUACCGCAAGAAACGUCUCCAUAUAUAAUGUACGUGCCCAUGGUUAUGACAUCUGACAAAACAGUGUUAAUUGGUAUACUUGCCAUCAAAACAAUGUUUGAGGUCAUCCAGGCGCUUAUUAUACCCCCACAAACCAAGUUUAGGGGGGUAUAUAGGAGUGAGCUUGUCUGUCGGUCGG